AUGUUGCGGUACGCAGUGUGAAGACAACAGGCUGAAUACCGCCAGAAAAAGCAAACUUAUUUGGAAGCCCGGAAUGUAAGGUCUGUCAUUGUAUCAGUUGUCAUAUAAUUUAGUUGAACGUUGCAUUUUGUCACAGAAACACAGGAUGGGCUAUCCAUUCAUUCUCUUUCCGAAAUGGGACUGAAUGACUGAUGGUCGUCACAUCUCGGAAAUGAGAGCGGAUCAUUCUAUUUCAGGACACAUCUGCCAGUUCUAGUGCACCUCGAGAUUUAGAAGAGGAGAGCGAGUUGUCAUCUUCACAUACUAAUCAGCAAGGAACAGAAGACGUUCCUCUUUUGUCCUGAGUUAACUUCAGGGCCUAAUACACACGCCUACACCCCUGUUGCAGAACGGUGGUACGGCUGAUAGUGACAUGGCUGAAAAGCCUCCUGAACCUGAAUCAGUCAGCAUCCCGAUGGAGGAAACCAUCUGUAAUGGGGGAACACAGGAGCCAUCUCUGUUGACAAAUCUGAAGAAGGUGGAGAACCACAUCACAGAAGCCCAGCGUUUCUCCCAUCUCCCCAAGCGUUCGGCGGUGGACCUGGAAUUCACAGAGCUCUCCUACACCAUCCGGGAAGGGCCGUGCUGGAGAAAGAGCGGUUUUAAAGCCUUACUUAAGUGCCUGUCGGGGAGGUUCUGCAGCCGAGAGCUGAUUGGAAUCAUGGGACCCUCAGGGGCUGGCAAGUCAACUCUGAUGAACAUCCUGGCUGGCUACAGGGAAACAGGCAUGAAAGGGAAGAUCCUGGUGAAUGGGAAACCCAGAGAUCUCCGCACGUUUCGUAAGAUGUCCUGUUAUAUCAUGCAGGAUGACAUGCUUCUGCCGCACCUCACUGUCCGGGAGGCCAUGAUGGUUUCGGCCAACUUGAAGCUCAGUGAAAAUAUGGAAGUGAAAAAAGAACUGGUGAAUGAGAUCCUGACUGCUCUAGGGCUCCAGGAGUGUGCUCACACCCGCACCAGCUCCCUAUCUGGGGGGCAGUGUAAACGGCUGGCAAUCGCCCUUGAGCUAGUCAACAACCCCCCAGUCAUGUUCUUUGACGAGCCAACCAGUGGUCUGGACAGUGCUUCCUGUUACCAAGUGGUUUCCCUCAUGAAAUCUCUAGCCCUGGGGGGACGCACCAUCAUCUGCACCAUCCACCAGCCCAGCGCCAAGCUCUUUGAGAUGUUUGAUAAGCUGUACAUACUGAGUCAGGGCCAGUGCAUAUACAAAGGCACCGUCCCAUACCUCAUCCCCUAUCUGAAGAACCUAGGGCUCCACUGCCCCACCUACCACAACCCGGCAGAUUUCAUCAUCGAAGUGGCAUCAGGGGAGUAUGGAGAUUGGAAUAGUGUUCUGUUUGAGGCGGUCCAGGGUGGAAUGUGUGCCAUAGAGGAGAAAAAUUACUCAUGUGACAAAAAAGACACAUCAGCUGUUUGUCCAACAAAGUGCCUCAAGGACUCAGGAGCAAUUGAGAGCCAUUCAUUUGCCACAAGCACUUUGACACAGUUUUGCAUUCUCUUCAAUAGAACGUUGAUAACAAUAUGUCGAGACCAGGUGUUGACACACCUAAGGCUGAUGUCACACAUCUCUAUAGGAAUACUGAUCGGCUUGCUCUACUUGAACAUCGGCAACGAUGCCAGCAAGGUCUUCAACAACACCGGCUUCCUCUUCUUCUCCAUGCUCUUCCUCAUGUUCGGAGCUCUGAUGCCCACCGUGCUCACAUUUCCUCUGGAGAUGUCAGUUUUUCUAAGGGAACAUCUAAACUACUGGUACAGCCUGAAGGCUUACUAUCUGGCUAAGACCAUGGCUGACAUGCCAUUCCAGGUCCUCUGCCCCAUCAUGUACUGCAGUAUAGUGUACUGGAUGACAGAUCAGCCUCCGGAGGCCACCCGCUUCCUGCUCUUCCUUGCCCUGUCCAUCUGCACGGCCCUGGUAGCCCAGUCACUAGGGCUCCUGGUUGGUGCUGCCUCCACCAACCUCCAGGUAGCCACUUUCGUCGGCCCCGUCACUGCCAUCCCUGUCCUUCUCUUCUCGGGCUUCUUCGUCAACUUUGACACCAUUCCCAAGUACCUGCAGUGGAGCUCCUAUGUGUCCUACGUCAGGUACGGCUUUGAGGGGGUGAUCCUGUCCAUAUACGGGAUGAACCGUACCUAUCUGUAUUGUCCGGGGAAAGUGUGUAAGUUCCAGAAGCCUGAGGAGGUCCUCCAACUGUUGGACGUGGAGGACGCCAAGCUCUACAUGGACUUCAUCGUUCUGGGGAUCUUCUUCGUGAUCCUCCGAUUCGCCACCUACCUGGUGCUGCGCUACAAGGUCAAGUCAGAGCGAUAGAUCUCACCCUCAAGGCCCCGCACUGUUCUGUGCAAAGCUACUGUACUGUACCACGUGGGUCCCACAUCCAGUUUAUGUAUCAAUACCAUAAAUCGCUGCUUGGAAAAACUGGAAUAUAUCACUUUUCUCUGUUGAAGUCAUGAUGGGACCAGAGAAGGGACAUCUUCCAACAAACAUAAUAGUUUUACCUCAGCAAGUAGGACUCUAAGCAUCUGCAUGUACAGUAGGGUGAGACUGAUGAGGUCACACAGACUCUUCAAAGGACUGACCUGCAGAAACAACCAAAAACAGAGAAUGUUUACAUAUCAUUUAGCCUUGGCAUAGCCAGAGGACAUUCUACUGUUGCACUGGAGUGUGUCUGUUUUUAAAGACAGAAUUAAUGAGUAUUGUAAUCAUGUGUUGAUUCAAUUUCCUCAACUGAACAGAACUAUUCACUUUUCUUCCUACUAUCUUUCACUCUCAUCCAUGGUUUCGUUACAGUUUUGAGAACUAGAAAAUAAAUAUUACUUAUUUUACCUGAUUAAAAUGUAUGAAAAACAAAUCUGUAGAUUAUUAGGCUAUUAACUUGUUUUAUACUGUCUUUAAAAUGGAUGAUUCUCCUAAUUAUAUAUUUUUGGUUUCUCUAAUCAAUUUUCAAAGCCUGUCAAGAUUUUGAUUUUAAAAUAUAUAUAAUUCUUAACUGUUUACGUCCUACAUGAUGUACUGUACUGUAUGUAUGUAUGCAACAUUGUUGAGUUUAGUUUGGGUAAUAGAUUAAAGAGGAGGUAAUAUUGUCCUCAAUCAUAGUGCUAAACAUGUCUCCACUGCCACAGAAAUGUAUAUAUUUAUAGUAUAACCAGAGAUGCAACAUUCAAACUUUACUGCCACCUAACCAUGGAUGAGUUUAAAGUCCCAGUGCAGUCAAAACCGUUAUUGCCUGUGUUUUAUAUAUAUUUCCACACUAUGAGGUUGGAAUAAUACUGUGAAAUUGUGAAAAUGAUGAUAAUGCCCUUUUAUUGUAAGAGCUGUUUGGGGAAAAAAACACCUGAAAUUUCAGCCUGUUUUGGUGGGAUGGCGUUUUGGCCUGCCUGGUGACAUCACCAGGCGGUA